UUAAAAGCAUAACCUACGGAUACUGAUUAAUUGUGAAUCAUAGUCCAGUUAACAUCGAACUGUAUAAGGAUAUAGAUGGAAAUCAAGCAUAAAUCUCCAAAACAGACUGAGUAGACACUCCUGGAAAUCUGUAAAUAUGACAUCUGUAAAUUACGAAUUGGGCGAGAAAGGUAAACCACUAGAGGAAUCGGAACAAAUACCCGUACACACAGGAUAUGGAGCAAGACACACUUUUACAAUUUUAUCUUUUAUCGGUUACUUUAACCUGUAUGCUCUUCGGCACAACCUUAGCAUUGCUAUGGUAGCUAUGGCAAACCACACAGACAGCAUCUCAAAUCCAAACACAUCCGCUUCUUGGGAGUGUCCAGAUCCGGUUAACAACGUUACAACAAAACCAACAGCCAAUAAGGCUAUGGAUUUUGACUGGGAUGAAGCUACCCAAGGGCUCAUUCUCAGCUCCUUUUUCUAUGGAUACGUUGCUACACAGAUACCAGGAGGAAUGUUGUCGGAGAGGUUUGGCGGAAAACAUCUCGUUGGAUUUGGAAUAUUGAUCAUGGCAAUACUGACCAUAUUGACCCCUCUUGUUGCUGCUGAGUUCGGCACGUGGGCACUCAUUACCACUAGGGUGAUUGAGGGAUUAGUUUCGGGCGCAGCGUUCACAGCCAUAGCGAAUAUGCAAGGAAAAUGGACACCAGAAAUGGAGAGAACUUUACUUACCGCUACUGCAAACGCUGGUGCGUUCGUAGGGAAUGUUGUCGUGUUACCGGUAACGGGUUAUCUAUGUAGCUCAUUCUUCUUGGGAGGUUGGCCUGCUAGCUUUUAUAUUUUCGGUGGUAUCGGAUGCCUUUGGUUUCUUUUUUGGCAUUUUCUUAUAUACGAAACUCCUGGCACUCAUCCCCGAAUUUCAUCUAAAGAACGAAAAUACAUAGAAAGUACAGCUGGACAAAGAGCAAAUAAGAGCUAUCCGAUACCUUGGAAAGGUAUUCUGACGACACCAGCGAUAUGGGCCAUUAUGUUUGCAGCAUUUUUCCAUUCGUGGGGCUUCUAUAUAAAUACCACAGUAAUGCCAACAUACAUGAACAAGAUACAAAAGUUUAAUAUCACACAGGAUGGUUUAUUGAUGGCCAUUCCAAAUCUAAUGACGGUGUUUACAGGAUUAUUUGGCGGCUGGCUAGCAGAUCAUAUGCGGCGUAGUAGAUGUCUCUCGACAAUCGCCGUCCGAAAACUGUUUACCUCUGUCGGUCUACUUUCGGCUGCCCUCUGCCUCCCUUUAAUGCCGUUAGCUGGAUGUGACCACGUGGUUAUCGUUACCCUGACCGUUGUGGGAAAUGGCAUGAUGGGUUUUUGUGCGGCGGGUUUCUAUGUUAACUUCCUAGACAUUGGUUUCAAUUUUUCAGGGAUCUUGAUGGGACUUAUCAACUUUUCCUCAAAUGUAGCAGGAGUUAUAUCCCCUUACUUUGUAGGAGUUCUCACUAACAAUAAUGAAACUAUGCAACAGUGGCAGACGAUAUUUUACGUAUCUAUGGCUUUUUACGUGGCUGGGACAUUGACGUUUCUGGUGUUCGGUAAAGGCACUGAGGCUGAAUGGAACAAAAUACCAAGCGAUAACAGGACAAUAAAGGACCCCAAUCCCGAUACAAUUGUUCAAUGUGAUGUAAUUGCGGAAAAGAUGCUUACACAUCAUAUUAUGAUCGAUUUCUGAGCCCUUAUACCACGACUCGACGUCAUCAUACAAACGUCUGUAGUCCCUCG